CAAUACCAGUCUGUGCAAGGAUCAGAACUUGUGGUGAAGGCCGUAACUCCUGUCCACAACCACAAUGAAGUUUCUUCCCAUUAGCUUUUUCAUCUUGGCUUUGGCAACUGCCAUUGCUUUAGCUUACGACCCAAGUCCUCUUCAGGACAUAUGCGUGGCCACCAAUAACCUGGACUCUGGAGUAUUUGUGAACGGAAGGUUCUGCAAGGACCCGAAUCAAGCCACAGCUGAUGAUUUCCUCUUUAUGGGGUUGAGGAAUCCAGGAAACACAGCAAAUCCGCUUGGAUAAGUCACACCGGCUUUCGUCAACCAAUUUCCGGGAGUCAACACUCUUGUAUCCAUGGCUCGCAUUGACUUCGCUCCUGGCGGCCUAAAUCCUCCCCACCUUCACCCACGUGGCAGCGAGGUUCAGUUUGUGGCCGAGGGUAUGCUACUGGCUGGCUUUGUCACAUCCAAUCAAUUAAACAACACUUUCUUCACCAAAGUAUUGUACAAGGGAGACGUAUUUGCAUUCCCUAUUGGUCUCAUUCACUUCCAGUUAAAUAUCGGAAACACAUACGCACUGGCAUUUUCCAGUUUUAGUAGCCAGAACCCUGGAAUCAUCACUGUUGCUAAUGCCGUCUUUGGAGCAAAGCCACCCAUCUCUGUUGAUGUUCUCACCAAGGCCUUCCAAUUGGACAAGAAGGUUGUUGACUACCUCCAGGCGCAAUUUUGGUACGACAACAACUAAGUGAAUUUACCAGAAGUUACACAAAAUAGUAGAUCCACCGGACUUACAAAAUUAAUAUUACUCCAUAUGCUUUAGACACAUAAUUAAACUCUCUCUCUCUCUCUC